UCUGACAACAGUUUGUGAAAAAUGCCGCCCAAGAGAAGACGUCGAUUCCAUGGACUCUACUACCAUUCAUCGCCGCCCAAAGUUAUGCCAAUGAAUGGACAGACGGCGGGGCAGAAUGGACGCCGGCGGCGCGACAACGACGAUUUCUCGGUAAAGCUAUCGACCAUACGCAUCUGGAUGCAUGAAAAGGAUAUCAGCAAACUAACGCGCAUUCUAUGGGCGGGACAAGGACAGCGCCUAUGCCAGCAGGCCAGCAACAAUGGGCGUGUCAAGCGCUUUCUGGCAGCAGUGCCACAUGUUAUGAAUGCUACCAAGGAUCUGCAUCAAGCGGUUAUUGAUAACAAUCUGGAAACGCUGCAAUCGCAGCUGGAGCCACCCGUGCCAGCCGCCAUGGUAACCGCCAAGGACAGCAAUGGCUUGAAUGUCAUACACAAAGCAGCAGGUUUGGGCCACACCAAGAUUCUGGAGUAUCUCACCAGCCUGUGGCCAGAGGGUGCGCAUGAAAUGGACAUAACGGGCAAGACCGCUCUGCACUGGGCCGCCAGCGCCAAGAACAACAUGCGCUGCUACACGCUGCUCACUCAGGCUGGCUGCGAUGAGGAGGCGCUCGAUUAUAAAAUGCGAACGCCCUCGUACUAUCGCCAUAAGCCGCAUGAAAUCGAGCGCGCCUUCCUGGUCUAUGUGCCCGAGGCGCCGCGUAUCAAUCGAGAGAGUGCCACCGACUGGGAGGCGCUGAGCGAUGAGAGCACGGACAGCAGCGUUGGUGACGCCAGCAGCAGCAACAGCAGCAAGGCCGUCAAGAAAUCGAACGCGAAGCCAGCUGGCGCUAUGAAUGGCCGUAAGUCCUUGGACGACAGCGGUGAGAACACCUCCGAGCUGGACACGAACGAUGGCGCCAGCGCCUAUGACGAGGAUGAUUCAUCCAAGGCGGAAGUGUUGCCCACGCCACGUCGGCCCGAGACGCCGGCGGCGUUUGACACAGUCGGUGACAUCGAAAGCGAUGCCGAGAAUAUGGCAAGAGCUGUAGAAGGCGACGAAGAUAAAGCAGAGACAGAGGCAGCGGCAGAGGCAGAGGCAGAAGCAGAAGCAGAGACAGAGGAAGUGGCAGAACCAGAAGCUGCAGCGGCAGUCGAACCAGAAGCUGUGGAAAAUGGCAUUGAAAAUGCAGCAAAUGGAAAUGAAGAGCACAACAAUGGCGAGCUGGAAGCGGAGAGUGAGGAAAAUGCAAACGAAAAGACUGAAGAGGAACAGCCAGCGGAUGAUAAGGAAAACGAAAGCGAUGAAGUCGUGGUGGAGCCCGAAGUUGAAGCAGAAGAGCCAAAUGAUACAGAAGCUGCAGCUGCUGCAGAGCAAGAGCAGCCGGAGAACGAGGAGCAGACGAAUGAUGCAGCUGUAGUGGCAACUGCAGCUGACGAUGCCGACGCUGCUGCUGCCGACGAAGAGGAUGAGGACGAUGAGGAUGUGAUUGCCGUCACACCGAGCACUCGCCGCAAGCUCGCCGAGCAGCCCGAGCCGCCCUUGGAGCCCAAUGCAGAUGAUGGUGCCAACUCGCUCAGCUCUUCGCUGGCCAUUGAGGGCUUUGUGCAGGGCGCCUCCGAGGAUUUUACAGUUCAGUCUCAAACUGCACCCUAUGAAGUCGAUGAAGAUGCACGCCUGCAGCAGAUUAUAGACGCUGGCGAUUUGGAGCAGCUGGCGGAGAUUGUGUUGAGUGGGGAGGGUGCGCGUUUGCUCAAGCUCAAAGCCAAUGAGCCGGAAAUACAGGCGUUCCUCAACAAUGUGCCCAGCUAUAUGGAGAAAAUCCAUCGCGUGCACGAGGCGGCACGCGACGGCGGCCUGCUCGCCCUGCAGCAGGCAUUGGAUCGCCGAAAGUUUGCCAUUGCUAAGGACGACAUAUCGCCCAAUGGCGCGACGCCGCUGCACGUGGCCGUGCUCUUUGGCCACAGCGAUAUUGUGCGCUAUUUGGCUUCGCGGUUUCCGGAGACGAUGGCAAUUACGGAUAAUGACGGACGCACGGCGCUGCACUAUGCGGCCACAAUUAAGGACAACGGGCACUUCUACAAUGUCCUAGCGCAACUGGGCGCCAAUUCAAAGGCGCUCGACAAGCUGGGCCACACGCCUGAAUUCUAUGUGGACAUGGAGAAGUCCAAGGAUGUGCUCACCUACAGCGAGCUGCUCGAAGUCUUUGGCGCCGAGGAGCUGGAGAACGAGUUGCUGAGCGAUCAAGGUCAGUCGCAGCCCGUGAGCUUCAAGGCCAAUCCCAUAUUCAAAACGGAGCAGGGCAAAUAUCUAGCGGACUCUCUUGCUGAUCCCUUAAUCAAAGCGCUUACGGAAAUCGCCAAUAAGCGUCCCAAGGAUCCAGUUGCCUAUCUGACAGGCUACUUGCAGAAUUUUAUGGGCGAACGCAAGCCAGCUGUGUUGGUGGAGAAGAAGAGAAACGGCAACACGCUCGCCAAUGCCAACUCAAAACUCACCAAUAGUCGCCCAGCUGCUGACUUCAUUGAGCCGGACGCACGCUCCAUGAACGAGGACGACGAGGAUGGCGCUUUGGCGGCGCAGCAGCUGGAGGAGCGCGACGAACAUGGCCAGAGCAUGCUGCACUUUGCCUGCGCCCGUUCGCAUAGGCGUGGCGCUCUCUACACGCUCAUCGAGGAGUCGCGCAUUGAUCUCACCUACAGGGAUGAGCUUUAUCGCACAGCUCGCGAUGUUGCACUCCAAGCUAAUCAGCCCAACAAUGCAGUGGAAAUCGAUCGCUUUAUCAUUGCUCAAGCAGUGCUGGGUGACCUGGAAUACUUUGAGCAGUUGGCUCUGCAGGGCUAUGAUCAUAUACUGGAUAUAGAGGAUGAAAGCGGCAAGGUUAUUAUGGAUGUGGCCACUGAGCGCCAGCACGACACGCUCGUUGGCUUCUUCAACAAUCUGCGUACGCUGGAAGAGACACGCGAGGAGCUGCAUCAAACUAUACGUGACAAGAAUAUGGAACGGCUCAAGGAGCUCACUGCAGCACCCAAUGCCAAGUGGCUCAUCAAGACCAAAAACUAUUAUGGUCGCACUGCUCUGCACAUAGCUGUGCUGAAGGAGUCCGAGGAAAUGGUGCAGCAUCUGGUACAGCUCAGCCCAGAAGCACUCAAAGUGACAGACAAUCUGGAACGCACUGUGCUGCACUAUGCACUGGGCACCAAUUUCUGCGAGAGCGUGAGUCGCAUAUUGAUUCAAAAUGGUGCCAAGCGCACGGCGAAGGAUCUCAAGGGUAGACAGCCGAGCUACUAUUUCAUCAACAAGGCGGACAUACUGCGCCUGCAGGAGGAGGAGGACGAAAGCCGCUGACUCAAGCAAUAGUCUCAUACACACACAACUCACUACUCACUACUUAGUUCUAAGCGCCUCACAAGCGAUCCUCUUAUCAAAUAAAAUAAACGGUGUACAAGAGUUCAUGUAGCUUGAAACCUUCUU